CUGACUUCAGUCCCCACGCGCUGUUCCAUCCAACCCUAGCCACCGUUGGUGCCUCGGCGGCAUGCCCUCGUUUGCCUUCGUCUCCGCUCGGUACGCCGCGGAUGCGGAGGCGGACUUCCUCCGCAUCUCCGCCUCGCAGGAAGACCUUCUCGCCCGCGCCCCCUUCAUCACCUUCGACCCGGAGGAGGAGGAGGAGGAGGCCGAGGUGUCCAGCACGCCGCCUCUCACACACCAGGCCCCGCAGAGGCAGGGGGAAGAGGGCAUCGCCAUGUGCUCCAUGCCCUUCACCCAGCCUCCCUCCCCUUCUCCGGCUCCCUCCCCUCCCUUGGGGAGUCCGAGUCGGGAGCGUUUCCCCUCCCUCGGAGACUCCGAGUCGGAAGCGGGUCACUUGAAAGCCGCGGAAGAGGGUCUGCACGAGGAAGGUGAGAGGAGCCAAGCUCAGGACUCCGACGCCGAGCUCCAGCAGCCCAGCCCCAGCCCCGAAGUCGACCCUCUGGCCAGGGCCGUGCUCGUGACCCCCACCACUCCUUCAGCAUUCACCAGUGAUGAGGAUAUCCUCGAGCUCGCUCGCAGCCGCGACAUCUAGAGUUGCCUAUGUCACGGUGACUAAGCAGCCCCUUCUGUUAUGCCAAUCAAUCCAUCCAUCCAUAUGCUAAUAAAUAUGGUGUGGUUGGAUUUUUAUGCGUUUCCAUCAACUACAUAUGACUGUCUUGUUCGGUUCAUGUUGCAAGUCGCAGUAUUUUGGGCAUGUGGAAGUUAACUAUGCCGUGCUUGAUUGGCACAAGAAAACUCACUGUAUUUUGGGCAUGUGGAAGUUAGCUAUGCCGUGCUUGAUUGGCACAAGAAAACUCACUGUAUUUUGGGCAUGUGGAAGCUAACUAUGCCGUGCUUGGUUGGCACAAGAAAACUCACUGUAUUUUGGGCAUGUGGAAGUUAACUAUGCUUGCUUGAUUGUUGAUUGGCACAAG